UGCCCCCGGAAUGUUGAAAUAAGAAACCAAAAUAGAUAUUAUACAUUGAGUAGGCAACACUGUUUGCCAGCGGUGUGAAGUUUUUGACGGACAGCAUUGGGAAGUAAAAGAAAAAAGAAUAGGUGUCUGAACGGACGCUGGCGAACGUAAAGUGUCGAUGAUUUUUUUCACGCACAUCUAAAUUUCUUUAGCAAAUCUUAGCAAUCUUUAGUUUAUUUGUAUAUAUCAUAUAGAAGUGUGGAAAAUGCAGUUUUGGAGCAGUCGAAAAUGCCACUGCUUAGCAAUUUUUACGGUAAUUUAUGUCCUUUAUAAUCCUACCGAUUCUGGAGCGGUGGACAUUAACAGUGAAAAUAUUGACAUGACAUUAGCGUCCAAUGAAUUGGUUUUUCUUAAUUUCUACGCCGAGUGGUGUCGCUUCAGCAAUCUCCUAGCGCCGAUUUUCAAUGAAGCUGCCGAUAAGACGAAAGAGGCUUUCCCCGAACCAGGCAAAGUAGUGCUCGGUAGAGUCGAUUGUGAUCGGGAAACAGCAAUCGCUUCACGCUUUCACAUAGCCAAAUACCCUACACUCAAGGUGAUACGCAACGGACAGUUAAGUAAACGUGAAUAUCGGGGACAACGCUCUGCCGAGGCGUUUGUGGAAUUUGUGCGGAAACAACUUGAGGAUCCAAUUAAGGAGUUUUCGUCAUUGAAGGACUUGGAGAAUCUUGAUUCAAGGAAACGUAUAAUUAUAGGUUAUUUCGAUCGUCGUGAUCAGCCGGAGUAUGAAACUUUCCGCAAAGUAGCUACAAAUUUAAAAGAAGAUUGUCAAUUUCAUGUCGGCUUUGGAGAUGUUGUUCAGGCCAUGCAUCCGCCAACUGAGGACGACAGUAGCGAUAGAAGAGGUAAAGCGCUUUUCAAUUUAACAUUAGGUCAACCCAUCAUUGUUUUCCGACCCGAUGUGGCAUUGUCGCACGAAAACGAUGAAACCUUCACGGGCAGUUUGAAAAACUUUGAUGAGCUAAAAAUUUGGGUGCAGGAAAAGUGUGUGCCAUUAGUGCGCGAGAUUACAUUCGAAAACGCUGAAGAGUUGACCGAAGAAGGUUUACCAUUUUUGAUACUUUUCCAUAAGCCAGACGACACUGAGGCAAUCAAGGACUUUAAGGCGAUUAUAGAAACCCAAUUACUGGAUGAGAAACAGAAUAUCAAUUUCUUAACGGCAGAUGGCCAACGCUUUGCACAUCCAUUACAUCAUUUGGGUAGAUCGACGGAUGAAUUACCGUUGAUUGCUAUCGAUUCAUUCCGUCAUAUGUAUAUGUUCCCUAAGUUUGAGGAUAUGUAUACGCCCGGCAAGUUGAAGCAAUUUUUGCAGGAUUUGUACAGUGGAAAAUUGCACAGAGAAUUUCAUUAUGGUCCCGAUCCUUCAGGCAAUGAGGUGCAAACCGAAGCAGAUUCCAAAUCAGGCAAAGCCACUUCACCGCCAGAAUCGAGCUUUAAAAAGUUGGGACCUUCGAAAAAUCGUUACACACUAUUGCAUAAGGAUGAACUGUAAAGUCUGUUAUUAGGCUCUAGAUUAAACCCACACACAAGCAUGCACUCACAGAAACCCAGACAUUCACACGUGUAUUGCUUGCAUGUACACAAUAGACACCUGAAAAAUAAAUAACACCAGUCAAAUCAAUAGAAAAAACAAUCAAUCUCAUAUACAACAACAAAUAUAAAUACUGAAUGGAUUUUCAAUAA